CGACCACAGUGAAACGCGCUCGCUCUCAGAAUGAACGACGACAGUCUACUUACGCUAGGACCACUCAGAGCCGAGAUAUACAUCUGUCCAUGCUGCCCGACUUAUCAGAGAAUCUUUCGAAUGAAGAAAGAACAUGGGAGGAGAUUAUGCAGAUUAAGGCGAUGCCGGUGCCUAUGAACCAGAAGAGAGAGCUGAAAGCAAGGUUACAGAACGCGACUAAGCUCCGGCUGCAGGGCCUGGAGCAGCUGCAGUGGCGCCAGCGCAAGGCGUGGCUGCGCGUGCGCGGGCGGCUGCGCGCGCUGGCCGCCCGCCUGGAGCUGUGGCACGCGCCCCUGCGGGAGAUCGAAGGCAACUUCGGGACCGGCGUCGUCUCCUACUUCCUCUUCCUCAGGUGGCUGCUGUUCCUCAACAUCUCCAUAUCCAUACUUAUCCUACUGUUCAUGAUCCUCCCAAAAACCUUGCUCAACGAGACUCAGUACGAAUGCGACGACUUCGAACCCAAUUCUACAGUCUGCUGCUCCAAUUAUUACCUCUCGAAGAACGAAACUGAUACCAACGUCUUCCUGGACAUCAUCCAGGGAACAGGGUUCAUGGAACGAACGAUACUAUUCUACGGUGUAUACUCAGACCAGAUAUACGAGUACUAUGUCAACGAUCUAUUGCAAAAUCAACUCUAUUUCAACAUGCCCAUGGCUUAUAUUCUAGUAGCAAUAUCUUGGGUCCUUCUUUCCCUAAUAGCUAUAGUCAAAACAGCAGCUAAAGGCUUCAAAGAACGUCUAGUCGAAAACGAGGGACAGUUUUAUAAAUAUUGCAAUUUAGUUUUCGGCGGCUGGGACUUUUGUAUUCACAACGAUAAGUCAGCUAAGAUUAAACACAAAGCUUUACAUAACGAGAUAAAAGGGUAUCUUGAGGAGGAAAAGUUGAUUGAGGAGAGACAGCUUCGGACUAGAGAAUCACAAAUAUUUAUAUACUUCAAACGGUUCCUAAUCAAUCUCAUAGUGUUCGCUAUCCUCAUAGGGUCUGGACUCCUCAUAUACUUCGCUUUCAACUUCUCCACAGACAGGUUGAACGAUGGCAACCAACAGACUCAACUUUCCCACGACAUCGGCAACUACUCUAACACCAAAGCUGAAAGACUAACUUUAGGCUUAUACAAGGAGGGAGGCAUGAACUAUGUGAUGAAACAACUCGAGGUCACGCUACUCGAGUUCCUGCCGUUUUUAUGUAUAGUAGUGUUAAAUUUAAUAGUACCGGAAGUGUUUAGUUACUUAAUACAGAUUGAGAGUUAUACACCCGCGCAUGUGCUCAUCAUAAUGUUGCUACGAACGGUCUUGUUGCGGCUGUCGUCUUUAGCCGUGUUGUUGAGCCAAAUGUAUAUUUACGUGAGGGAUAAUGGUUUCGUUUGCUCUCUUACUAAUGAGGAUUCCUCGAAACUUGAAUGCUGGGAGACUUACGUAGGCCAGCAGUUGUACAAGUUGAUCCUGACUGAUUUCGCGGUCCAAUUCGUGACAACCUUCUUCAUUAACCUUCCGAGGGCGUUCCUAGCGCGACACACUUCCAGUCGAUGUAUCAAAAUUAUUGGCGAACAAGACUUCUAUCUACCGAAACACGUUUUGGAUAUUGUCUACACGCAGACAAUUAUAUGGAUGGGAUCGUUUUUCUGUCCCUUCCUACCUAUCAUCGGUACAAUAUUCUAUUUCUUGAUAUUUUAUAUUAAGAAAUUUACUUGUUUGAUCAACUGUACGCCGUCUCCGGUCGUGUAUAAGGCGUCGAAGUCUAAAUCUCUGUUCAUGUCUGUCCUUUUGCUAGGUUUCAUCGUAUCCAUAGCGCCGGUAGCUUACUCAGUUGCUGAGAUCCUACCUUCGAUCAGUUGCGGCCCCUACAGGGGCUACAAUAACGUUUGGGAGUUUGUAGUCGAAACUUUCGACGGAUUCCCAUUUUUAAUAAGGGAGUUAAUCUUUCGUAUGGGGACUUCGACCUUCGCAGUACCAGCUUUUGCAAUUCUCUUGUUCUUUUUAUAUUAUUAUUGGGCGGUCGCGGCUGCUAACAGACAUAUGGUGUCAGUUUUGAAGAACCAGUUGGUGUUAGAAGGCCAUGAUAAACAGUUCCUUCUGAAUCGUUUGAGUGCGUUCAUAAGGCAGCAUCAAAAACGCUGCGAGAGGAGGAAUAGAGCCAGCUUUGCUGACGAUGACUCUAUUAGACAGAGUUCUAGGUAAAAUAUUGUUUUUGGUAUGUAGUGCUGUUGUGCGAAAGAAAUAGUCCAUAAGUUCAUAACAAAAAAUAUCUCUAAAAAGUCUCAUUGGCUCGCUGUAUGUUUUCUGCUGUAAAGGUAUAAAAUUUAUAAGAAAAUGGUAAAAAUAAAAAUAAUGCAUUUAGGUGAAAAAAUAAAUAAAAAAUAAUAAUAAUAAGAGAGAAAAUAACAUUGUUACAACUUUAAACAGUCCUUGAACUAAAAAUCACCUCAUCAACCAAAAAUGUAAAAAAUGACAAGUUAAGGAAAUAUUUGUCGUUAGUUUAUUGCAUGCUAAAUGUAAAUAUAUUAUGAUUUAUAUUUAGUCUUAUUUCAACAUAAAUAUGUGCCAAUUCUUCCACACAACAGCACUACUUAAUAUUAUAUUUAAAAGUUACGGAAGUCAUAGCAACACUGUAAAUUAAACCUCAAAAUUAUAAUAUAUUAAGAGUAUAGUAAAAACCCUUAAGUUAAAAUGCUAUAAAAUCGUUUAUAUAUAGAAGAUUGCUAGUUUGGUGUUUGAACAACGCAUGUUCCGUUUUGUUUCACUCCACCUCGUUCCACGCAAACCAGCGCAGUUCCCCGUACAAAUACUCAUAGCAUAUGUUUUAUUUGAUAAUAUCCCUUUGGAUAUCAAAUUUAAAGGCACAAUAUACUUUGGCUUUUAGUAGCAUAAUGCGAAUAAUAGGCUAGGUUAUUGUUGCGAGCAGUUCUUGCAAAAAAUGAUGUCUAGAAACAAUCCGUAAUUAUCACUAAGCUAAAUUUCGUUAUGCCAAUGUAUAUCAUAAGGAAAACCCAUUUUUAAUAAGUGAUAAAACUAGCUAUGGCACUAUACUUCUCAUGUGAGUUUUCAGAGUUUUAGUCCAAUUUAAAAUGUAGAGUAAGGAAAUGUUAACUCAAUAAAGUGGUUGAAAUCGAUUCGUUACAAAUGAUUGAUAAA